CAAAGGGGUGGUCUCUUCCGGUUCAUGUCGGAGCAGAGGAAGCCGGGCGGCCAUCUUGGACUAUCCGGGAGCGGCGGCGGUGCUGCUGCUGCCUGAGGGGGAAGCGCGGGAGCCUGUUCGCCUGGGUCUCCGCGCCUCACGCGUAGAGCGCGGCCCGGGGCUGCGGCAAGAGCGCGCUGGGGAGUUGCGGCCCCGCUCUUGGCCUACCCUGAGCCCGCCCUGUUGAGCCCUGCUGCCGGAGGAGGAGGAGGCGGAGGAAGGCGAUUAAGCAUGAGAACCGCGGCCCGGUGAAGAGGGGCUGGGGUCCGGGGAGAGAGGCUGACGGGGAAGAAGCCGCCCUGAGUGGCCUCCGCUGCUUCCCCGGCGGGGUGCCUGAGGGAGGACGGUGGUGGAGGAGGAGCAGAAAGCGGGCCGGGGCGGCGGCGUCCCGCGUUCCCAUCCUCUCUCCACAGCCUCUUACUUGGGCUGCGCUGCAGUGGCUGCAGCGCCUCGCACCCCUCCUCGCCCGCAGCCCCGUCCCUCCCUCUUGCAAGCUGCUGGCCUCUUCUCUCCCCCCAGCCCCACUCUUUCUCACACACACACCCCGCCCCAUUUUGCACUUCAUCAGACUCCCUCUUCUCUUUAAUCCGCCGCCGCCACCUUCUAAGGAUCCUAAUCUGCCUGUAGGAUGAUCCUUGAAGACUCCUAUGGGGAUACAAUGUUCUAUGAGCAGACUGGAAUAUAGAUGAGAAAAAGGGGUCGUGGUGGUGGUGGAAACAGCUCAAAUUUCCCUCCCCACGCUCCCCGUUUCUUGAUGGUGACACUGUGUAACCACUAUCAUGCAUUAAAAUCAAGAUUUUUUGGUAAAUAUAUAUAUACAAGUAUUCGGGCGGAGGAGGGUGUUAGGAUUUUUGGGGGUAUUAUUUUUAUAUAAUAUAUAGCUGGGAUUUGCCAUCACAAACGGUGCUUCAGCACAAGUGAAUGAAAAUGUCCACUAGAACUCCGUUGCCCACGGUGAAUGAACGCGACACUGAAAAUGAUGCUGGAACAUCGGUAGGGGAAAGCUUUUGUGAAAAGCACACCUCCUCUCAUGGUGAAGGACGUCAAGAGGUUUCCUCUCGGACUAGUCGCUCCGGGGCCCGCUGUAGAAAUUCUAUAGCUUCAUGUGCAGAUGAGCAACCCCAUAUUGGGAAUUACCGGCUUCUUAAAACUAUUGGAAAGGGGAAUUUUGCAAAAGUGAAACUGGCCAGACACAUCCUUACUGGCAGAGAGGUUGCAAUAAAAAUAAUUGACAAAACUCAGUUGAAUCCAACCAGUCUACAGAAGCUAUUCAGGGAAGUAAGGAUAAUGAAGAUUUUAAAUCAUCCCAAUAUAGUUAAGUUAUUUGAAGUAAUUGAAACUGAAAAAACACUCUAUUUAAUCAUGGAGUAUGCAAGUGGGGGGGAGGUAUUUGACUAUCUAGUUGCACAUGGAAGAAUGAAGGAAAAGGAGGCAAGAGCUAAAUUUAGACAGAUAGUAUCUGCAGUGCAGUAUUGCCAUCAAAAGCAUAUUGUUCACAGAGAUCUCAAGGCCGAAAAUCUAUUGCUAGAUGCGGACAUGAACAUUAAAAUAGCUGACUUUGGUUUUAGUAAUGAGUUUACGGUUGGAAAUAAACUGGACACAUUUUGUGGCAGCCCCCCAUAUGCUGCUCCAGAACUCUUCCAAGGCAAGAAGUACGAUGGACCUGAAGUAGAUGUUUGGAGUUUAGGUGUUAUUCUUUACACACUUGUCAGCGGAUCGCUGCCUUUUGAUGGACAGAACUUAAAGGAACUGAGAGAGAGAGUGCUAAGAGGGAAAUACAGGAUUCCUUUCUACAUGUCAACAGACUGUGAAAACCUGCUAAAGCGUUUCUUGGUGCUAAAUCCAACUAAAAGAGGCACUCUUGAGCAAAUUAUGAAGGACAGAUGGAUCAAUGCAGGGCAUGAGGAUGACGAACUUAAACCUUUUGUUGAACCAGAGUUAGACAUCUCGGACCAGAAGAGAAUAGACAUUAUGGUUGGAAUGGGAUAUUCUCAAGAAGAAAUACAGGAAUCCCUUAGUAAAAUGAAAUAUGAUGAAAUAACUGCUACAUAUUUGCUACUGGGGAGGAAAUCAUCAGAGCUGGAUGCCAGUGACUCAAGCUCCAGCAGCAACCUUUCACUUGCUAAAGUCAGGCCAAGUAGUGAUCUCAACAACAGCACUGGACAAUCUCCACACCAUAAAGUGCAAAGAAGUAUAUCUUCCAGCCAGAAGCAGAGACGGUACAGUGACCAUGCUGGUCCAUCUAUUCCUCCGGUUGUGGCCUAUCCAAAAAGAAGUCAGACCAGCACUACAGACAGUGACCUCAAAGAAGAAGGGAUUCCGUCACGGAAAUCUAGCAGCAGUGCUGCUGGAGGAAGAGGAAUUGCUCCUGCUAGCCCCAUGCUUGGGAAUGCCGGCAAUCCUAACAAGGCCGAUAUUCCUGAGCGUAAGAAAGGCUCUGCUGUUCCUAAUAACAACACUGCACCUGGAGCCAUGACACGGCGAAAUACAUAUGUUUGUAGUGAAAGAACCACUGCAGAUAGACACUCAGUUAUUCAAAAUGGUAAAGAAAGCAGCACUAUUCCUGACCAGAGGACACCAGUUGCUUCAACUCACAGCAUCAGCAGCGCCACAACGCCAGACCGCAUCCGUUUCCCACGAGGAACUGCCAGUCGUAGUACUUUCCAUGGCCAACCGAGAGAGAGGCGCACUGCCACUUACAAUGGGCCCCCUGCCUCUCCCAGCCUGUCUCACGAAGCAACGCCGCUCUCCCAGUCCCGAAGCAGGGGCUCCACCAACCUGUUCAGUAAAUUGACUUCAAAGCUGACAAGGAGAAACAUGUCAUUCAGGUUUAUCAAAAGGCUCCCGACUGAAUAUGAGAGGAAUGGGAGAUAUGAGGGCUCAAGUCGUAAUGUGAGUGUUGAUCAGAAGGAUGACAACAAGGAAGCCAAGCCUCGUUCACUGCGGUUUACGUGGAGCAUGAAAACCACCAGUUCCAUGGAUCCUAACGACAUGAUGAGGGAAAUUCGCAAGGUCCUGGAUGCCAAUAACUGUGACUAUGAACAGAGGGAGCGAUUCUUGCUUUUCUGUGUCCAUGGGGAUGGCCAUGCAGAAAAUCUUGUGCAAUGGGAGAUGGAGGUGUGUAAGCUUCCGAGACUGUCACUGAACGGAGUUCGCUUUAAACGGAUAUCGGGAACAUCCAUAGCUUUUAAAAACAUUGCUUCCAAAAUUGCCAAUGAAUUAAAGCUGUAAUGAGAAGAGCAAUCAAGUUUGUAAAUUUAAGGUAGCAAUUUCAAGUGGUUUUUUUCCCCUCUUUUCUUUUUUUUUGGAGAACAUCAAUGGAAAUGUAUAGAAUAAUAUUUAGGGCAAUAAAUUCUGCAUCUUCUGAAUCAUGAUAUUAAAAAAAAAUGAGACAAGCUGCUGAGCUGGGAGGGAGAGUUGGACUUUUUUUUAUAAGUGCACUACAGCAUUAAAGUUGCCUACUAUGUAAAAUAUUA